UUACCGAACUACUGUAAUAACGGCAGGACGCCAUAUUUGAAAUCGAGGAAUCUGUCAAAACAAAAAGUGGCAAUAACAAAAAAGUUCUGUGGAAGCAAGAGUGGCCGUGAAAAGCAGCGGAAAUGGAAGAAAUUCUGGAACAACUCGAGAAUCAGGACGACAGGCUGGUCGGUGUUUUCCACCGUGAAGAAAUCGAUGAUCUGGAAACAUUCCUCCAGUUGGACGAAAGAGAUUACGUACGAUUAAACUUGACCACAAAACAGAUCAAAUUUAUUCAGCGACUACAACAGCAUUACCGAUUGGUGACUGUAGAAUGGUUGAACGAAGAACAGUCCGCAGUUGCAACUCAAGUCCCAAUUGUGUCUCAAGAAUCUACUGUCGAUGUAUGUACACUAACUGAUCCUGGUCCAUCGACUGCAUCAUCUUCUCAUGUGCUUCCAACGUCUCCAAAUACUCCGUGCUCAAAAAAUACAACCCCUUCACUUGCACAAUUGGCGUUUGCUAAUCCUGAUGAAUCGGACCAAAAAAUAUCGCUUGAGAAACCCAUCAACAUUGAUCACGUACUGGAGAAAUCAGAGAAAGGUCGUGUUAUCAUGGAAAUUCUCAAGGAAAAGGCUAAACCCAAAGAAUCAACAAUUAAAGAAAUCGUUAACGUACUUUGUGACUUUUUGAAAUCACAGUACGGCUGUCGUCCGAGUAACUUUCAUAAGAAUCAGGUUGCUGUUUCGCUGGUUUGCUCGUAUCCUGCUCUUGCGGCUGAUUCUUCAGACACCCCGCAGGCUCUUUGGUUCCAUCUUCACGCACGUGGCACUAAUCGUCACGCAGGUCGGAUCCAUUAUAGGAUGGAGUAUUUGGCAAGGAUGAGCCAAGAACGAAUAAGGCCACCACGUCGUACCAUCUCGGAAUCGCAAGAAAUACCAAACUUCAGUAACGGCUCUUCUGUCAAUCUUGAUGAAGCGGAAAAUGAACUCCGAUUCAUUGUACCAAGCCAGCAAAUAAAAUCACGCGUUUUUGAAUUGUGGAACGCCACAUUUGAGAACCGACAGAAAUAUCGCUCGGAAGGUAGUUUCUAUUCAUAUGUACAGAAUCAUCCUGUUUUGACGGCCUUCAAUGGAAAACUGAUCACGAAUGACUUCCACAAACUAAAACCAUCGGCGAAGCCGUUCGUCGAAACCUGGACCGCAAUGGAGGGUAAAAUAAUUUCUAACAACCGCGAAGUCUACACAGAAUUGAAAAAUGAUUUCGUUCGAGCCCUUUCCAUUAUUCGCUUGAAAAACCCAUCUCGAGGAUCGAAAAGAGUCCGUGAAGAAAAUGCUAACCGCAAGAAUCCGUUGAAUGGAAUUGUGCAGUGGAUCAAUGCUGAAGACGACUUCCCAUCGAAUCGUGACGAAAAAAGUGUGCCAACUAUGUAAGUGAGGGUUCCAUGCUGGAAGAUUCAAAUGAAUGCGCGAUUGUUUGGGGAUCAACUGUGAUUCCUCUUAAUAUGGACAUCAAAUCAGCCUUUUCGAUUCUCGCCGAAUCAUUCUACGUUUUCAGUGUCCCGGCGGCACCAUGUGACAAACAAUUUUUUUUGUUUGUAGGUGGGGCAGUUAUUGGCGUUGAGCAAUUAACUACGACGGGCUCGAAAUUUUUACAAGUGGUGAUGUGAGUUUUAGGUCGAUUACGAUCAACUCAAUUUCGUAUUGUUGUUUUCAAAUGUACGUACAUAUUUUGAACGCCUUUAAUUGUAUUGUUUUAGAUGCAAUGAUGUCCUUUAAUUAACUAGAUGUUUUAAACACAUUUAAGUGCAUAAUACCACUAAUUUUAAGAGUAUAAAAGUUUCAACAUAAGAAUAAUCCGAGGUGAGAUUAUUCAUUGAUGAAUGAAAAGAAUAAAACAAAAUUUGUAUUAAAAACGUCUAAUAAUAAACUUUUGUUUAAAAACCCAAAAUCUACAUUGUCGUUGAUAAUCCAAAAUCGUGGAAAUACCGUGAAAAAGUACAAUAUCCGUGCGGUAAAAUACAUGGAAGUUACAGUACAUUUGUAAAAAAACACCGACCCUUACUGUAAACUAUCCACAAGAGUAGCACAAAAUCGCAGUAAAUUAGUGAAAAUAUGCUGGAGUGUUCGGUAAUGUUUACAGUA